GAGAUCCCAGCCCCGCGCUGCGCUAGCAAUGGCGAAGUCGGCGCCGCGCCCCCCGCCCAGCCGCGGCCGCUUUCGGGGGUGACGGAGCCCAGCCGGGACCCCUCUCCUCCGCCUCCCCUGCUCCCCGCUCCCGCCGGGGAAAGCGCGCGGGCUGUGAUCGCCUGCCUGCCUGCCCGCCCCCCAUCCCGAGGCGAGAGAGCGGCGGCGCCCUCCCGCUUCCCCCCACCCCAUAGAUUCUCCGGCGAGGAGGCGCCUGGUGGAUGGAAGCGCCCCGCGAGAGGUGAGAGGGGCACGGGAGGGCCGGGGUGGUUUCUUUUUGGGUGGGUGGGGGGCGCUGGCUGAGCUAGGACGCCUGGGUUCCUUAGGCGAAGGGGAUCUAGCAGACUGGAUGUCAAAAGAAGGGUCUCUGGGAUGGACUUCUAGGUCCCACCCCUUCCACGGAGUCUGAUAGCAUAGGUCAUAGCAGGGGUGGUGGUGUCUAUUCCCAAUUUUGUUUGGCUUUUUAGGGGGGUCUAGGACCAAGGUGGGAGGGAAUCGGGACGCCUGGGUCCUUUGGACAGUUUGGGGGCUCUGGGGUGCGCAGCUACCAGGAGGUUAGAGCAAGGGGGCUUGGGAGGAGGAGUGGGGUCAAUCGGACCCACGGUCGGCGGUGGGGAGGGGAGGGGGGGCUGACUUGCUGUUCUUGGAUUUCCACCUCCUGGGAGAUGGGUGUACAAGUCAGGCCAGCAGAACAAGGGGAAGCCGAGGCUCCUCUGGGUGGGAGAGGCUCGUGGGGGUGUGCCUUUUUUGGGUGGGUGGGUGGAGAUCGAAAGCCAAGAGUCCUGGUUUCUGCUGGUCCGGGACUGGGACUGCAGGUGGCGGCACACGGAGGAUUGGAGCCGGUUCCUGGAGGAGCAGGCGUCUGAGCGUGCUGGGAAGGGGGAAGCAGGAACAGGGAUCCUUUGGGAAAACACAGGUAUGGUUCGUACCUGGUUGGAGAAGAGUGCCAGACAGGGCACAGCACAGCCAAAUCCACCUGUUUAAUGAGAGAGGCAUGGGGCGAAUUCCAGAGGGGCUUCAGCUGCGUUAGUGAAACCCAGGAGUCCUGGCUUUUGCCCGCUAGGUCCUCCCAGGCUUCUCCAGAUGUUUUCCUUUGGCCUUCUGCCACCUUCGUCCCCGGACUUUGUGACACUUAAAAAACCAACAACAACCGAGAGUGUCUUGUUGACCAGGAUUCCUGGGUUCCUUUUUCGGCAGGAGUGCGACAUUUGCCAAGAAGACUUUUUAAAAGUUGCGGGGCGUUGCAGAGUUGCUGAUAUCGCUGUGUUCUGGGGUCGUGGGGAGAAGGAAAGAAGCGUGGAGUUGCGCAUGGUGCUUGAUUUCCCAAAAAAACACAUGCAUGCAGUAGGUUGGGUUAGGCUGUGGCGAUGCAGUGAUGCACUGCCAACGCAACCUGGAUUUUCUGCUGAGAGUGGGCUUUGCCAGCCAGCCUGGUGCCCUCUGACCCCUGGAGGUCAUCAGCUGGGUGGAGACUGGGAUAGAAGGUUCUGAGCUAGCUUGGUGGGGAGAGGCUGUGGCUCAGUGGAAGGAAAAUGUGCUCCCCAUCCAGGUUCAAUUCCUGGGAAGACUCCCGUCUAACAUCCUGCUAGCCAGAACGGGUGGCACAUAAGAAUAUUGGAAGCUGCCCUGUAUUUCAUCCGACUAUUGGUCCAUCUAGCGCCAUACAGUCUACACUGACUGGCAGCGGCCCUCCCAGGUUCCAGCAGGGCUCUCUCCCAUCUCCUACCUGGAGAUGUCUGGGAUUGAACCUGGGACCUUCUGCUUGCAAGGCAGAUUCUCUGCCUCUGAGCCACAGCCCUGCCCUGGCCCUUCCUAGCACUGAGCUGGCUGUCAAUGGUAUACGACGUUUCCGAUGCUCCUUCCUGAAUCUUUCUCUCUGGGGUCCUGUUGGUUCCAGGGUGAGCUUCCUCACCUUAAUGGUGUUUUUCAUCAUAGCAGCUGCUGAAGCUAGCAGUAAAGAGGCUUAACGCUUGUGUUUCAUGGGCUCUUGUUUUCUCCUUGUUAUUUACUGAAAUAUUUGGCACAGUAGGAAUGUAUUGAUCUCAGCGGGUAAAAAGUUUGUAGCUUGUCAAAUUGAUUUUCCAAAUAGUAUAUGGAUACUGGGCUUUUUUGUAUUCUGCUUAUUUGUGAAGGCUGCUAUUCUGUACCUACUUACCUGGGGGCAUGGUUGUACACAGGGGGCGGGCAUGCAAGGGAGCAGUGCCUGUCCUGUCGGUGAAGUGUGACCCCGGCUCUCAGCUUCCUUAAAUAAAAGUUUCCAGCAUUUUUAGAACCUGUGAUAGGAGACAAAAUGGAUAGACACUCUUCUGUUUUCUUUGUGUGAAAAAAUUGCCUGCUCUUCCUGCUUCUGUGUUUUAUUUUGCCCCCCUGGAAAAAAUUAACAUCUCCCACCCUGGGAAAAAGUCGUGUGGUGCCCAUGACUGUGGGUUAGUUCCACUUGCAUCAGUGGGGCUUACUGUUUAGAAGGCAUGUAUGGGACACGGGUGGCGCUGUGGGUUAAACCACAGAGCCUAAGACUUGCCAAUCAGAAGGUCGGCGGUUCAGAUCCCUGCGACGGGGUGAGCUCCUGUUGCUCGGUCCCUGCUCCUGCCAACCUAGCAGUUUGAAAGCACGUCAAAGUGCAAGUAGAUAAAUAGGUACCACUCCGGCGGGAAGGUAAACAGCGUUUCCGUGCGCUGCUCUGGUUCGCCAGAAGCGGCUUAGUCAUGCUGUAUGCCGGCUCCCUCAGCCAGUAAAGCGAGAUGAGCACCGCAACCCCAGAGUCGGCCACGACUGGACCUAAUGGUCAGAGGUCCCUUUACCUUUUUUAUAGGGUUGCCCUGUUAAUUAUGACAAUAUUGUUAGAAACUCAAAUAUACAAGCUAGGCGCCAAAACGUGAAUGUCUCAUUGCCAUUUUUAGGCAAGAUGGCUCUGAAGUCUUUUUUUUCAAAUGAUGGGCUGACUGUGAUUGAUUAAGCAUCCGGCUAGUUCAGAUGACAACCUUGAAGCUAGGUUAAGAACUUUGAGAAUUUAAAGAAGAAAAGUCGCUUGAUCCAGGGACAAUCCACAUAUUUAUUGACCUGUUCUGACCUCUUUUUCUCCUGCUCAGGCCGCACAGAAAAAGCAAUUUGGUUCUGGAAAUUCAUUUCGAUUGUGCAGAUAAAAUGUAACUGAUAGAAUUCUACAGGUUGUAGGAUUAGUGUGUUGAAAACAGUGCAGGUUCAAGGAUCCCCAGAUGCUGGGGACGUCAGGUGGUUGAAAGCCAAGUGAAAUAUAUUUGGGAAGAGAAAUUUCUUCACAUGUCAGUGUAGUGGUUAGAGCAAGUAUGUGCUGUGGCUGAUGUUGCCUCAUGUGGCCAGGAACCUGUCUCAGUGGCUUUGGGCCAGCCACUCACUUGCUCUCUCAGCCCUAGCCUGCCCUACAGGGCUGUUGUGAUGUUGAAGUGAGAGGUGAGGGGGAAAACUAUUAUACCGUAUCUUUCGCUCCAUAAGACUCACUUUUCUCCUCCUAAAAAGUAAGGGGAAAUGUCUGUGCGUCUUAUGGAGCAAAUGCAUGGUCCCUGCAGCUGAAUUGCCCAGGGGCAAAAAGCAGAUCGUGCUUUUUUUAAAAAAAAAGAGGGAAGGGGGUGUUGAAACAAAGCCGCUGGUCAGCUGAUCAGCAAGCGAUCGGGAGGGGAGAUAAGGGACUCUAGUGAUAAAGGAGGCUGCCUGGGAGGGGGGAGGUAAAAGCACAUGGAUCCUCAGGAUUUUUGCAUUGGGCUACCCCAAACUCACCGUCAGAUCACAUGUCUGUGACCACAGCAUGAACCACAAAAAUCAUACACCCACUGUUUCGUUCAGAAUAUUUUUUUUCUUGUUUUCCUCCUCUAAAAAUUAGGCGCGUCUUAGGGUCAGGUGAGUCUUAUGGAGCGAAAAAUACGGCACGUUGCUUUGAGCUCCCUGGAGGAAAAGCAAGAGACAAUUGCUGUAAGCAAAUACAUAACUUGGUUUGGGCUCAGUUGUGUCUUUGAAUCCAAUUUACAGAGUUGGGUCUAGACUCGGGUGAAGCCCUGACAGGUGUGUUGGGCAGAAAACAUUCCUAGCUAGAGGUGCCUCUGUGCGUUCAUUUGUGGAUAUACAAUUAAAGCCUGCCAACUUUGCUCUUGAAGUUUCCUCCCUAGGCUUCCCAAGAUUUUUAAACAGUUUUUGGGCAAUGGGUGGGGCGGUUCUCGAGGCCAGCUGUGGAGUUGACUGUACUCAAGAGUUCAAGAGGCAGAGGAGGAGUGCAGCAAGUCCCGAGUUUAUUAGCUGUGUUCCCACAUCAUCAAUUCCUUUCCCUUCCUCCUGGCCAGAACCAAACCAAACCAAUAAAAGGAAUCCGCUGGAUCGGGAUCAGCCUUUUCUUUGGAGAGAGGAAGGAAUUGGGGCGCAGGUAUGUCACGGCCAGCUCCGGUUCUGGUCUUAGACAGCAGAGAAAAUAAUGAAUUAGCAGGUCAGGAGGCAAAAUGGGGAGGGAAGGAACCGCUGCUGAAACGUGUUCUUUAAGGAAGUGGCGAAUACAUAUUUCUUUUCUUGACAAGGCUUAUAUUCCGCCCAGAGGCCCUUUCCUGGUUUUUCUCGCUCUGUGUUGCAUUUUUGCUGUUCGUUCUCUGAUUGCUUCUGUGCUUUAUGAUUCCUAUUGGGGAAAGCGCGUGUUGAUAUGUGCGUCCAGGGAGACUGGCUUUGAGCUGCUUGGCUGUUGGUUAGCAAAACUGCUUCUUGAUAAACUUGUGUGUGUGUGUGUGUGUGUGUGUGUGUGUCACACACUGAGACGGAGAAUGUAGAGUCCACCUCAGGGACAAGUCAUUCCAGCUGGCUCGUGCCGGGAAUCUCUGUGGGCUUGAAGGUUUUGACAGGGGAUGUGUGCAGGAAGCGCAAGUGAGCUCUUUCACGGCUCCCACUUAAGACAACCUCUCUUUUUCUUGCCGGAUUUUUUUGCCCACCCGAAUUUGCCCUCCGUCCAAGCCUUCUGCAGUUCUGCUCACCCUGGCGAGUCUGCUGCUGACUUCUGGCAAGCGUGACGGGAAGAGGGCCUUUCUCCCGACUUGGAAGGUGGGCCCGGAUCCUUCUGGCCAUUGUGUAGUGCUCUCUGUCACCCCGCAGCUUCACAUUUGGGAGGAAAGAGCGGGUGUUGUCUGGUAGCUGUGUGGAAAGGGUAUAGCAGGGAUGUGGAGCCUGUGGCCUUGCAGAUGGCAUUGGCCUGCAACUUCCAUCCAGAAAAGCUAUUCACCACGUGGCUCCUGGACCCUGGGAUAUGGGUGCAAAAACAGAAUGGCUAGUCACCUUUUUUCUCAUUACAGCAGCACUUUCUAUUCAUUUUAUCGAAAUGCAUGAACAAUGACACUAUUGGCAUCAGUGACACAUUGUUAAUAUCACAUUUUUAAUAGCAAUUCUUAAUUGGGCGCCGCAAAUGUAAAUGGGGCUCAGCCCCUGCCGUUGUGGCCAAAAACAAUAACAAUAAUUUGUGUAUGUAAUAUGUGUUAUGUAACGUACCGACGUACCUUGGAAGCCAAAUGGAAUCCAUUCCAGAAGUCCGUUCGACAGGAGCUUCCUGCAGCCAAUCGGAAGCCGCAGAAGCCCCACCAGACAUUCGGCUUUCAAAAGAAAGUUUGAAAACUGGAGCACGCACUCACGGGUUUUGAUCGUUCAGGAGCCAGAACGUUCGACUCUCAAGGUGUUUGGGAGCUGAAGUAUGACUGUAUUGUGCUAGAUUUGAACUUGAAUCUUGAAUCUCGGUUACCAUACGCGGCGCCUAGACUUCUCAAAUUGCUUGCAGUCAGACGAUUCCCAGUCGCAAAAUGCACCUGGCUCCCUGCUGAUUUUGAAUGCUGCUCCCAUCACCCUCAACCGUUGACCAACAUGGGGGGGGGGACGCACCAUGUCCUCAUCCCUGCUGUAGGACCUUGGCCACGCAGGGCCCAACUAGGGGGAAUGGCUUUGUAGCUCAGCGGUGGAGCAUUUACAUGAGGAAGCUCCCAGGUUCAGUUCCCAGCGUCUACAGGAGAGAGUGCUACCCAUAACUCUGGGGCUCUGCUGCCAGUCAGUCUAGACAGUACUGAGUUUGGUAAGCCAAUUGAGUAAUUGUAAGAUCUUAAAAAGCAGAGACAUCAACUUGCCAACAAAGGUCCAUAUAGUUGAAACUAUGGUUUUCCCAGUAGUGAUGUAUGGAAGUGAGAGCUGGACCAUAAAGAAGGCUGAUCGCCGAAGAAUGGAUGCUUUUGAAUUAUGGUGCUGGAGGAGACUCUUGAGAGUCCCAUGGACUGCAAGAAGAUCAAACCUAUCCAUUCUGAAGAAAACCAGCCCUGAGUGCUCACUGGAAGGACAGAUCCUGAAGCUGAGGCUCUAAUACUUUGGCCACCUCAUGAGAAGAGAAGACUCCUGGAAAGACCUGAUGUUGGGAAAGAUGGAGGGCACAAGGAGAAGGGACGACAGAGGACGAGAUGGUUGGACAGUGUUCUCGAAGCUACCAGCAUGAGUCUGACCAAACUGUGGGAGGCAGUGGAAGACAGGAGUGCCUGGCAUGCUCUGGUCCAUGGGGUCACGAAGAGUCGGACAUGACUAAAUGACUAAACAACAACAAGACCAUUUCCUACGCCUUUUCCCCUAGCCAAUGUCAACCUUUUUUGAACAAAAUCUCCAUGUGGAAUGUGCUGCAUUUGGUGCAGGUUCUUGAAGGGGCAAGAGAGCCCAGCUGACUAGCUGCCCCACGUUUCCUUUUCUUGAGAAAAGCAGGGGGUGGGAUGGGUUGCCCAGGGAGGGGGGGCUGGGGAAAAGUGACUGCAGUAUAGUGGUACCUCGAAAGUCGGACGGAAUGCGUUCCGGAGGUCCGUUCGACUUCCAAAACGUUCGGAAACCAAGACGCGGCUUCCGAUUGGCUGCAGGAAGCUUUGGCAGCCAAUUGGAAGCCACAUCAGACGUUCAUUUUCCAAAGAACGUUCGUAAACCGGAGCACUCACUUCCGGGUUUGCAGCAUUCGGGAGCCAAAACGUCUGAGUACCAAGGCGUUCGCAAACCAAGGUACGACUGUAUUUUGUUUUGCCAGCAAGGCGAGAGUGAGAUUGAAGACCCUUUCCAUCUCAUCUUACCACAUCAGGAAAAAGAGAGGGAGGGGGGCUGAACAUCUGUCUUGCUGCCGACCCUUUGGAGUGGCAUGUCACCUUGGGCAUUUGGCUGUUAGGACUCCCAGUCGCGCCAGCAACCAAAUUUGGACUCCAGUCCAGCCCCUGCCCUCAGGUAAUGUGGGAAAUAAGUUCUAUUCAACAUAUUUCUGAGUAAGCAUAGGUUUGGUGGUUCUUUCAGUUUGGCUUUUCUUGCAUCCAAACAGAAUGCCAGUUUAUAUUACACGAGAUUUAUUGCUCUUGCUAGAACAGUGCCUACAUUUUUAUCCUGCCUUUCUUCCAGGGAGCUCAAUGCAAGGAGCAUAGCUUCUGCCACCUCUGGUUUUAGCACCAAACCUCUUGGGUGUGUUAAUGGCUCAAUGACAUCCAGGGAGCUUCCAAAAUGAGCAGCGAUUUGACCCUGGAAUAUCCCUGGGCCUAGUCUGGCACUCGCAUCACUGUGACACACAGCCUCUCAGGCAUAUUGUAUUAUUUUUCAGGAACUGUAACAUGAGACCUGCUUAAUUUUUGAUCCACAUGCCGCCACCCUGCUGCUUUUUGUGUGUAGAGUUAACAAACACCAAGAGGGCACGGCUGCUGCGUGGCAGGAGGGAAUCUUGACAGAUUCAGCUUGCCCACAUCUAUACAUUUACAGCUCUGCCUUAAGAAUCAUGGCUACUCCCAAAGAAUCCUGGGAGCUGUAGUUUAUGAAGGAUGCUCCGGGUUGUUUAGAAAACCCUAUUCCUCACCCAGAGCUGCAAUUCCCAGAGUUCCCUGGGAAGAGGGAUUGGACUGUUAAACCACUCUGGGAAUUGUGGCUCUGUGAGGGGAACAGAGGUCUCCUCACAACUCUCAGCUCCCUUGACAAAGUACAGCUCCCAGAAUUCUUUGGAGGAAGCCAUGGCAGUUUAAGGUGGCAUUAUAGUGUUUUAAAUAUGCGGUGUGAAUGUGGCCCUGCUCAAUUUAUUUCUAUGCCAUCCAAACUCUGUUUAAAUAUCUCCAGUGAAGGAGAGUCUGGUCUUGCCAUCAGAAUGUUCUUCCCAGCGUUUAGUUGGAGCUGUCAUUUGACUCUUGUCAGUUUAUGCAACAGAAAACUACUGGAAAGGCGUAGAUGAGUGCAGAGCAACUGUUUUGCAUCCAGAAGGCGUCAGUGCUUGGCUUCCGGCGUCUCCUGAUAGGGCAGGGAAAAGUCUCCCUGUUUGAAACUCUGGUGAGCCGCUCCCUUCAUAACAGAAGACCCUGGUGGACUGAGCCAGGCUUGGCAGCUUCCCGCAAACAUCACAGAUGUCAUCAAAAGCAGUACGGAGGAAUCAUCAAAAGGACUGGACUUGCUUCUCAACAAUGGUCCGAAUAACUGCGCAGGCGCAGCAUGGAAACCUCCUUGAGGGAUACCCAAAAACUAAAUGCCUGAAUCUCUGCUGGAAGAGUGUCCCAGCAACCCCAAAGGCCUGCUUUCUGGUUGCUUGCUCACAGGAAAGAGAUUCUCCCUUUGGCAAGGGAGAAAACUACCGUAUUUUUCUCUCUAUAACACGCACCUGACCAUAACACGCACAUAGUUUUUAGAGGAGGAAAACAAGAAAAGAAAUAUUCUAAACGAAACAGUGGAUGUAUGAUUUUUGUGGUUCAUGCUGUGGCCACAGACAUGUGAUCUGACGAUGAGUUUGGGGUAGCCCAAUGCAAAAAUCCUGAGGAUCCAUGUGGAUCCAUGCUUUGUAACCCCGUUUUAAGUGGGGAGGGAAGGAAAAGCACUCAAGGGACAAGGAACAGGCAUGGGGUGGGUGGAGGAGGAUGCUGUUAAUAAUGCAGAAGAGGGGUAUAAGAGGAGAAGGCUCCUCUCCUCUCCCGCUUUGCUCCUUUAAAGUAAGCAGGCUCUGCUUCUCUCCCUCCUCCCCGGCUCGCUGAAAAACUUUGCUGCUAUUUAGCCAACUGAGUGAGGAGAAGAGAGGGAUAGAGAGCCUGCUUGCUUUAAAGGAGCCAAUCGGACAGGAGCCGCUUACACUCGUGUAAGCGGCUCCUCUCCCGCUUUGCUCCUUUAAAGCAAGCAGGCUCUCUGUCCCUCUCUCCUCCCCACUCAGUGGCUCUUCUCCCACUUUGCUGUUUCAAAGCGAGCCACGGAGGAGGGAAGGAAGGGGAACCAUGGAUCCUCUGCUCACGACUGCAGCAGAUUCCCCCGCCAUCCGUAGGCAUUCGCUCCAUAACACGCACAGACAUUUCCCCUUACUUUCUAGGAGGAAAAAAGUGAGUGUUAUGGUGCAAAAAAUACGGCAUUUCCUGUGUCUGCUGCACAAAUAAUCCCCUAGAGCAGUUGCCCCAAGGAGCCUGGAGAGUUCGUUUUGCUUUUGCUUGCGGGGUUUGGGCAUGUGGUGGCUGAGGAGAAGGCAGAGGCCCUCGAGACCACCUUCUGGGUAUCUCUGCUGCUUGCAAAUCCCAUUGUUUUCCUUUCCCUCUGCCUCUCUCUUGUCUUUUCUCUCCCCCCCCCCCUUAUCCCUCCGACAUGAAUUUAAACAGAAACAUGUGUUGCAUUUUUUCCGCCUUAGCGCAUCCUGGCUGCUCCCCUUGGCUUGCAAGGCCUUCCCCUGUGGGGUCCUGGUUUCCUUUGGCUAAACGCCCCCGGCUGCAAGACUGGCCUCCAUUAGUGACCCUCGCUGACCUCGGCUGGCGACUUCGCUGUCCCAGCCCGUGAGGAGCAAAGUGUCUCUCUCUCUCUGUGUGUAUAUGUGGGGAUUUCUGGGUGAGGCAGGGGGUUCCUCACCCUCCUCUUUUCCUGCUGAGAACCGCUACUUGGCCAAAACAACCCUAGUAACAAAGGAAGCGCUGUUUCUUGCUGCAUUUUGACCGGAAUGAGCCGCCCGAGAUAAGGGUUGUGUUAACAUCGGGAGGCCGGCUCGCUCAGAGUCUGCUUCCUCCCAUCUCCAAUCUCUUAAGAUUAACAGCAAACGGGCCUCUGGUCCAUAACCGCCAUCUGUGCAUCGGGGUUCACGGGAAGGUGGGGCCGAAAUUAAGAAGGAUGGAAAACUUGGGAGGACCAAACAGGGCUGUGGAAUGCCAAAGCAAUAACAUGGAGCGCAUUACUUCCGGGUUUCGCUGCUUGUGCAUGCGUAGACGGUCAAAAUGAUGUCACGCGCAUGCGCGGAAGCGGCGAAUCGCGACCCACCCACGCACGGACGCAGGUUGCGUUCGCUUCAGGAUGUGAACGGGGCUCCAGAACGGAUCCCGUUCGCAUCCAGAGCUACUACUGUACUGGUAAUAAUAGUUGUCUUUUUAGUAAAAAAAAAAUGUUACUAUUAUUACUUCUACAAGCAGGACCUGUAACAAAACGUUGCAGUUUAGAGUGGCCCCUCUCAGAAUACUCUGUUCAGUUCCUCGUUUCCUCCUGAUUUUCUGUCCCCCACCCGCCAAACCAUCAAUUGAUAUUCUGUAGCUUAUGUUCCCCCCCAACUCCUUUCUCCCCCCCCUUUUUGCGGGGGGGUUACAUUUGCAAACCCUGGGUUUUAUUUAUUGGUUCUUUCAAAGCAUUUGUAUCCUACUCUUCAUAUUGCACGUGGUUUGCAUAUGAAUAAAAGCAGAACAGAAUAGUACCUCUUGCUGAUACCUCUUGUGCAUGGAUGGCUAUGACACUCACCGCUGAACAUCAGAAAGGGAGGUUAUUAUUUAUGACAUCUCCAUUCGAAAGCCUCCUUGAAUUUCCUUCUGCCUUAGAAAGGUAGGACAGAAGUGCUCCGAUAAAUACUGUAAUUACAUGAAAACCUAUGCAUGCUUACUCAGAGGCAAGUUCCGCUGAGUGUAUGUAGGAUUGUAGCAUCUCCUCCACUUAUGUAAAUACAGUGGUACCUCGGGUUACAGACGCUUCAGGUUACAGACUCCGCUAAACCAGAAAUAGUACCUCAGGUUAAGAACUUUACCUCAGGAUGAGAACAGAAAUUGUGCGGCGGCAGCGGGAGGCCCCAUUAGCUAAAGUGGUACCUCCGGUUAAGAACAUUUUCAGGUUAAGAACGGACCUCCAGAAUGAAUUAAGUUCUUAACCCGAGGUACCAUUGUAUAUAGUUGGGUUGCCAUGUUGGGUCACCAUAGAAUCAUAGAAUCAUAGAGUUGGAAGAGACCACAAGGGCCAUCGAGUCCAACCCCCUGCCAAGCAGGAAACACCAUCAGAGCACUCCUGACAUAUGGUUGUCAAGCCUCUGCUUAAAGACCUCCAAAGAAGGAGACUCCACCACACUCCUUGGCAGCAAAUUCCACUGUCGAACAGCUCUUACUGUCAGGAAGUUCUUCCUAAUGUUUAGGUGGAAUCUUCUUUCUUGUAGUUUGGAUCCAUUGCUCCGUGUCCGCUUCUCUGGAGCAGCAGAAAACAACCUUUCUCCCUCCUCUAUGUGACAUCCUUUUAUAUAUUUGAACAUGGCUAUCAUAUCACCCCUGAACCUCCUCUUCUCCAGGCUAAACAUGCCCAGCUCCCUUAGCCGUUCCUCAUAAGGCAUCGUUUCCAGGCCUUUGACCAUUUUGGUUGCCCUCCUCUGGACACGUUCCAGUUUGUCAGUGUCCUUCUUGAACUGUGGUGCCCAGAACUGGACACAGUACUCCAGGUGAGGUCUGACCAGAGAGCAGAAUACAGUGGCACUAUUACUUCCCUUGAUCUAGAUGCUAUACUCCUUUUGAUGCACCAUGAAGUGGGGCAGGAAUUGGGACAUGAUGAGGAGUGGAGUUCAGGCAGAUGAGGCAGGGUGUCGCUGCCUUGAAGAAAUAUGUGUGACAUCAGCUUAAUCCCUGCCGAGUCAGCUAUUAAUUUUUUAUUUUCUAGUGCAGAAAUGGAAAUUCCUUUUCGGAGAGCACCAUGUUGUGCUUCUGUUUUGGUAAACAGCUGGAACUUCUUCUUUUUUCCAUUUUUGGGCAAGUAACAUUCUUGCUGCUGUAGUAGCAUACAUGAAUAAAUUUCUAUAUAAAUUAGGUAGUUCUGUCCCUAUAAUUCCCAAAAAGAAGGCUUUUGAUUUUUUAAAUGAAAGUUAUUGUGUUUUUCCAUGUAUAAGACUACAUUUUUUCCUAAAUUUUUGAAGUUUAAAAUAAGGGGUGGUCUUAUACGUGGGAGAACAGCCUUUACCAAAGGUGUCAUGGGCUUGGAAGACACUCGAACUCAGGACGCAAGGGAGAAAAGUGCUAAGAGGAAGGCACGCUUGGCAAAUCCACACUGUGAUCAACUCCCGCCCGGAAACCAAUGUCCCCACUGUGGAAGGAAGUGUGGAUCCAGAAUUGGCCUCCACAGUCACCUACGAACUCAUUGUUAAAACCGUGUUUAUGGAAGACAAUCUUACUCGGCUAUGAGUGAUCGCCAAAGAAGUACAUAGUGCAUUUUCUUAAUUUUGAGUUCCCCAAAAUAGGGGGCUGUUAUACACAGGGGCAUCUUACACACGGAAAAAUAUGGUAUUUUAAACACCCUUUUCAAUUCAUUAUAUAUCAUUCCCCAGUAAGCUUUAACCUUACUACAAGAUCACCACAUACAGUAAAAAAGAACCUUCUCUUUCUUCUUUUCGGAGAACGCCAUGUUGUGCUUCUGUUUUGGAAAACAGCUGGAAAUUCACCAUGGAACCCGAGCAGAUCUGUAAGCAAGGAUUACUAGACUCUCUAGAUGAUGGGACUUCUGCAAAGGGAGGAAACCGACCAGCUAUGUUUUUGGGAGGGGGGGAGGCCAUCUGUGAAUAAAAGUGUUAAGACACCUUGAGGGAGAAUGUAAGACGAGCUCUGUCUUGAGAAGCAAUGGGGUGUGCCUCUGGGGCAGGGGUCAGCAACCUUUUUCAGUCAUGGUCCACCGUCCCUCAGGCCUUUUUGGGGGGCGGACUAUAUUUUGAAAAAAAUAAUAAUGAACGAAUUCCUAUGCCCCACAAAUAACCCAGAGAUGCAUUUUAAAUAAAAGCAUACAUUCUACUCAUGUAAAAACACGCUGAUUCCCGGACCGUCCGCGGACCGGAUUGAGAAGGCGAUUGGGCUGCAUCCGGCCCACGGGCCUUAGGUUGCCUACCCCUGCUCUGGGGGCUGAAGUCAAACCACCCUGUUUAGCAGCACCGAGAGUGAUCUUCCCCGGGGUGCGAGAAAUGGAGGUGAAACAUAGUCACUGUGGCUAGUAGUAGCCAUUAGUGGCCUUGUCCUCCUGCUGACGGUGCUUCUGUUUCUAGAGAAUUCAUUUGUUUCCGUGUUCUUCAUUGGUUCUGGGUUAUUUAAAAAUACGGUUGUUUUUUGUUGAUUUUUAAAAAAAUACUGGUAAUUUUAUUAAUUUUCAAUUACAAGAAUCCAAUACAGUGGUACCUCGGGUUAAGAACUUAAUUCGUUCAGGAGGUCCUUUUUUAACCUGAAACUGUUCUUAACCUGAAGCACCACUUUAGCUAAUGGAGCCUCCUGCUGCCACCGCACGAUUUCUGUUCUCAUCCUGAAGCAAAGUUCUUAAUCCGAGGUACUAUUUCUGGGUUAGUGGAGUCUGUAACCUGAAGCGUCUGUAACCUGAAGCGUCUGUAACCACUGUAUGUGCCAUGUUAUAUUCACACCAAAUAGCAAUACCAAUUCAAAUACAAAUCAAUUGCAUAUGUUUCAACAAUUUUCUUGCACGCUUCCACCAUCUAUAUAAAAGGGAGAGAUGCAAACACAUAGACCCUCGUUUUUUAUAAGUUGGUUUUAUAAAUAGGUGGGGAGCUGGAUCAUUGCAGCUCACUUUAGCCACUACACCUGACCAGGCGGUUGCCUAGGAUGCCUCCAGCCGGAGAGGGCCAAUUAAGAGUCCUGCCAUAUGAGUCCUGCUUUUCCCUCUGGAGGCUGGUUGUUUGUGUUUGUCACCUGCACCUAUAUCCCUGACCCCCUUAUUAAUAAUGGCAGAAGGCUGGGCUGGAAUAGCACCUGCCAGGGAGGCAGGCUUUUUAUAGAAAUAUUUUUAUUUUUAUUUAUAGGCGGUGUGCAGAAGGGGAGUAGAUAAAUUCCAAAUAGAGUGGUACCUCGGGUUACAGACGCUUCAGGUUACAGACUCCGCUAACCCAGAAAUAGUACCUCAGGUUAAGAACUUUACCUCAGGAUGAGAACAGAAAUCCCCUAUACCCCCCACUCUGCUUCAUCCAUGUGUGAUCCCAAUAUUUUUUAUUUUACUUCUUCCAUCUUGUUGUGUUGCUGUAAUUUAAUAAUUAUUCAAUUGACUCUCUUAUUAUUUCCUUGCUUACCCCUGCAUGUUUUACACAUUAUCUAUUAAUAUUCCAGUUCUGGAACCAUAUUUUUUCAUGUAUUCCUUCACUCCAUCCCACUCUUUAAUUAUUCCCUGAUUUGAAUGGCCUCUAAUGAUUGCCAUCAAUUUUGCCAUUUCCACAAACUCACGGAGCUUGCUUUGCUCCAUCUUCCAUGGGACAGCCCUUGAGAUAGGAUAGCCAUUGUCAACUGUCUCCUCUCAGUCUCCUUUCCCAGGCAAAACAUUCCCAGCUCCUUCAACUGCUCCUCAUAAGGCUUGGUUUUCAGACUCUUGUAUCAUCUUGGUUGCCCUCCUCUGCACACUCUUGUUGAUUGAUCACAGGUUUCCACUAGAUCCCAAAAGCCCAUAGUCCGCUCACCCCUAAUAUAGAAGACUAGAGAAGAUGUGGAACUGAAAGCUGUGUGUGGGGGUGUUCUUGCCCCCCCCCAGUGCUUUGUAUACCAUUUGGGAAUUGAACAAUUGAGGAUUUCUGAUGCGUUGGACCACUUUGGAAAGAAAACGAGGAAACUCUGAAAUCCAGGGUGGGUGGUAAAGGUAAAGGGACCCCUGACCAUUAGGUCCAGUCGUGACCGACUCUGGGGUUGCACUGCUCAUCUCACUUUAUUGGCUGAGGGAGCCGGUGUACAGCUUCUGGGUCAUGUGGCCAGCAUGACUAAGCCGCUUCUGGUGAACCAGAGCAGCACACGGAAACGCCGUUUACCUUCCCACCAGAGUGGUACCUAUUUAUCUACUUGCACUUUGACGUGCUUUCAAACUGCUAGGUUGGCAGGAGCUGGGAUCAAGCAACAGGAGCUCACCCCGUUGUGGGGAUUUGAACCUCCGACCUUCUGAUCGGCAAGUCCUAGGCUCUGUGGUUUAACCCACAGCACCACCCGCAUCCCUAGGGUAGGUGGAUAAAACCUCAAUUGAUGGGAUUUGGAGGCACGCAUAACACACAGGAAUGGAUGGGUCAGUCUGUUUCGGGUCCACCCUAUUUCUGCAACAGUUUGCAAAUGUCAGUAUGGAAAAUCUGCAGGGGUAGAAGUGUAUUUAAAUAUUUUCGCUCAAAACACCUUUCUAAACAGAUUUGAUCCUAAAACACACAUUUGGGUAACAUGCCGGUAUGUGCUGCAAAAGUCAGAGACGUGCAAAAUCCAAAGGUUAGCAGCAUUCCAAUCUGGGCUGUGGAUCAGGUCAGUUUGUACUGGAAUUUGCAAAGAUCAGGCCCCUCAUGCUCUGAACUUUGCAAACCAAACUGGAGCGACUCACGUUAACAUUCCGUGCCUGGCCUCAGACUCUGUGCUAACGCCGCCUGGGUCUUUGCAAUCUGCGAAAUGAGUGGAACUGGUGCCGAUUUCGGUCGUUUGCAUAAAUUGCAGCAAAGAGCUCUGCAGGCCACUGAAGUGGUGCCCCCUUGACCUAUGGAUAUUUCUGCUCCGCCCCAGAGAUGUCGUCUGGCAGCAUCUGUGUACUUGGAACCAUAUUUCCGCAAGCCUUGUGCAUGUCAAAAUGUACGCCUUGGUUUUGUGUGUGUGCUCUAAAGAAUGCUGAAGAGUUCCAGAUGUUGGGCUGUUCAGUGCUCAGCUCGUGACUGAUUUGUGCAAUGAGCAACAACAACAGCCCAGCGGCCAGUCCCAAACGCAGGACAUUGAUUUGCUGAUUGGCUUCCUUUUGGAAGCAAUUACCUAAUCAGCUUGGUGAUGAGUGGAAUCUAUUAUUGUCCUCUGGCGCUAUUGAUUGGCCUUUGGAAGACUGUUUGAAACCUCCCAGAAAGUCGGGAGCUGGUGGAACCUUAGAACCUUUGAUCUGGGACCUACUUACACACACACACACACACACACACACACACUCCAGUAGAAGGGUGCAGGGGGAUGCAAUCCUUAACUAGAUUCCUAGCUUCAUUUUCUGCACCUCAAACAGUGGGCCAUUGCUAUAGAAUUGACUAUUGUUGUUUGGUCGUUUAGUCGUGUCCGACUCUUUGUGACCCCAUGGACCAGAGCACGCCAGGCACUCCUGUCUUCCACUGCCUCCCACAGUUUGGUCAAACUCAUGCUGGUAGCUUUGAGAACACUGUCCAACCAUCUUGUCCUCUGUCGUCCCCUUCUUCUUGUGUCCUCCAUCUUUCCCAGCAUCAGGGUCUUUUCCAGGGAGUCUUCUCUUCUCAUGAGGUGGCCAAAGUAUUGGAGCCUCAGCUUCAGGAUCUGUCCUUCCAGUGAGCACUCAGGGAUGAUUUCCUUCAGAAUGGAGAGGUUUGAUCUCCAUGGGACUCUCAAGAGUCUCCUCCAGCACCAUAAUUCAAAACCAGCAAUUCUUCGGCAAUCAGCCUUCUUUAUGGUCCAGCUCUCACUUCCAUACAUCGCUACUGGGAAAACCAUAGCUUUAACUAUAUGGACCUUUGUUGGCAAGGUGAUGUCUCUGCUUUUUAAGAAUUAACCAUAGGUAAAAGACCCCUGGAUGGUUAAGUUCAGUCAAAUCCAACUAUGAGGUGCAGCGCUUAUCUUGCUUUUCAGGCCAAGGGAAGUCGGUGUUUGUUCGCAGGCAGUUUUCCGGGUCAUGUGGCCAGCAUGACUAAACCGCUUCUGGUGCAACGGGACUCUGUGAAGGAAGCCAGAGCGCAUAGAAAUGCUGUUUACCUCCCCGUUACAGUGGUACCUAUUUAUCUACUUGCACUUUGACAUGCUUUCGAACUGCUAGGUUGGCAGGAGCUGGGACAGAGCAAUGGGAGCUCACCCCGUCAUGAGGAUUCGAACUGCCGACCUUCUGAUUGGCAAGCCCAAGAGGUUCAGUGGUUUAAACCACAGCACCACCGCGUGCCCUAAGAAUAGACUAGUAAUAGCAGGCUAGAAGGGCCAGGGGUCUGUCUCUGUAUAUGAGAGGCUCUAUCCGUAUUGGCAUUCUGCUGGCUUUUGAAGAGACACCUGUUUAUGCUCGCACUCCCUCGAUCUCUUGAUCUGAACCUGCUGUUUUAAUUGCUGUGUUGUUUUUAACGGGACUGUCUUAUUGCGUAUUUUAAUUAGGAAUGCAUUUUAAUUAUGAAUGUUCCUACUUCCAUGCUUGUGUAUCUGCCGUUUGCACUUCACAUACGGCUUAGAAGCCUAUUUUGGCAUUAAGUGGCAUAUCAAUAUUGUUGUUGUUAUGAAGAUGAGACUGCUGCUUAUGAUUUGUGUUUGCGAUUCCAGCACUUUUCUUCAAUUAACCAGAACAUUUCCUUUGAUAAUAGGGUGUGUACAUGGCUGGGUGUCUCUCAUCACCGUAGCCCAGUUGUUGUUGUGUAUGGCUGGAUGUUUAUAUUUUGUUUUUACAUUGUGCUGCCUUUGCUGUUUCCACUCGUCCUGGGACCCUUAUAGUGAAGGGCAAGAGAUCGAAUGAAUGAAUAGCUCAGAGGUGAAUUAUUUGGAAGAAAGGCUCGCCUAAGACUAACAUAGUGAGUAGCCCUGGGCAAUGUUGUGAUACAUUGCCCAGGACUGGUUUGAGGGGUAGAGCGCAAUGGCACCUUCACCCAGGGGUAUAUUGCAAGUGAAACUGGGUCCCUCCACUGCCAGUACCCAGCAUGCAGAGGGAGAAACAAGCUGCGUUGGCCCCGGCCCCGCAAGGCUUCAGCGUGAAACCACCACUACAGCUUGUUCCUCCCUCCGAUUUUCAACAUUGCGAUGUGUCAGUAACAGUAAACAGGCAGCCCUGUUUAGGGAAGCUUUUAAUGUUUAAUAGACAAUUGUAUUUUAAUAUUCUGUAGGAAGCCGCCCAGAGUGGCUGGGGAAACCCAGCCAAAUGGGCGGGCUAUAAAUAAUGAAUUAUUAUUAUUAUUAUUAUUAUUAUUAUUAUUAUAUCACAAUGUUUGGCUGGCGAUACAUAGUGAUGUUGAAAAGCUGAUAUCGCCCAACCCUACCCCCAACCUUUGCCCCCCCCACCAUAUCACAUGCUGACGCCUGUUUGGCGGCCAUCUUACACCUUCAGAAACAGUAUCCUAACAUUUCCUGGGAAAUACUGUUAACUGGACCCAACUGCUCAUUCUAGAGUGACAGGUGCACUUGAGUCAUGCAGAGCUGGGUAUAUACCCUGCUCCUCCCCUAAGAAAGCUCAGGGCAUGGAGAGAUCCCCCUUUAUCAUUGCAACACCCCUAUGAGGUGGGUAGGCCCGAGACGACAUGAUGGGUUUGGUGAGCUUUGUGACCAAGCAGGUAUUUGAACCCAGAACUUCCUGGCUUCCUGUCAUGCUGACUCUCAGUGCAGUGGCUCGUGUGUUGGACUAGGACUUGGGAGACCAAGGUUCGAUUCCCCACUGGGGCAGAAAGUUCACUGAGUGACCCUGGGCCAGUCGCUGCCUCUCAGUUUAACAUACUUCACAGGGCUGUUGUGGAGAUUCAGUGAGGAACGAUAUGAAUGCAACAACAAAAAUCCAAGCUCUGUUUCUUCUGGGCCUGAAGUGGUUCUCCCUCGUUCUCAAGAGCUGACCGGGGCAAUUCAUUGUAUUGCCCCUCAGACUUGAGCGAGAGGGGCAGCUUGCCGGCCAGCCAGCUCAACGGUUCAUCCCUCUGUUCCUCCCUUCCAGACCAUGGCCAGCGUCUCCUCCUUUGGCAAGUAUACGCACGCCAUUGUCCGCUGCAUCCCUUCCUCCUUCGGCACGGCAGAGACGGCGGCAGACGCGUCCGAUGGCGGGGCUGAGCCUGUGGACCUGGCCAAGGCCCACCGGCAGUACGGCGUCUACACCGGCAUCUUGCGCCAGAAGCUAGGGCUGCAGGUCAUUGAGCUGGCUGCGGACGAGGGCCUCCCCUGCUCCACGCUGGUGGGGGACCUGGCCGUGAUACAGGGAGACACCGCGCUGCUCACGCGGCCAUGGGUGCCGUCGCGGCGGGACGAGGUAAGCUGUUCGAUUUGUUUGUGUUGAAUCACCUUGCAAAUAAACCUGCCGAGGCUGCCAGUCAUCUUGCGAGCUACGUUUUUUAUUUGCCGGGAGCUAUUUUUCUCCUGGGACACGGGUGGCACUGUGGGUUAAACCACAGAGCCUAGGACUUGCCGAUCAGAAGGUUGGCGGUUCGAAUCCCCGCUAUGGGGUGAGCUCCCGUUGCUCGGUCCCUUCUCCUGCCAACCUAGCAGUUCAAAAGCACGUCAAAGUGCAAGUAGAUAAAUAGGUACCACUCUGGCGGGAAGGUAAAUGGCGUUUCUGUGCGCUGCUCUGGUUCGCCAGAAGCGGCUUAGUCAUGCUGGCCACAUGACCCGGAAGCUGUCUGCGGACAAACGCCGGCUCCCUCGGCCUGUAAAGUGAAAUGAGUGCCGCAAUCCCAGAGUCGGUCACAACUGGACCUAAUGAUCAGGGGUCCCUUUACCUUUACCUAUUUUUCUCCCACUCCCCUCAAAAUGUCCUCACCUGGUUGUCCGGAUGCAGUUUUGAAGCACCCUAGGAAAUGGCUGUUUACUAACUUGGCAGUGAGCGUUUACAGUGGACGCUCGGGUUGUGAACAUGAUCCGUGCGGGAUGCACGUUCGCAACCCGCAGCGGUGGCAACCCACGUCUGCGCAUGUGCAGGUUGCAAUUUGGCACUUCUGUGCAUGCACAAAGAGUGAUUUAGCGCUUCUGCGCAUGCGCGGCCACCGAAACCCAGAAGUAACCCGUUCCAGUACUUCCGGGUUUUGGUGGUCCGUAACCCAAAAAAACGCAACAUAAAGCGUCUGUAACCCAGGGUAUGACUGUACCCUCUGAUGCCCGAGUAUAAACACAGUCCUUGUGCCAGAUUGCUACGAUUGGUUUUUAUUUCUUUUUUAAUUUUAAUGGGCCAUUAUUGAGGGUGUGACAAAGUCACAGGACUAAGUCGGGAGCAUUCUCCAAGUUUGUCAUAGCAUGCUUCCGUGAGGCUGCAAAAGGCUGCCUUAAAUACAUUUGCCAGCCUCAUCUGUGGGUGAGUCUUGCUCUUGAGUAAACAUGCACAGCAUUGCGCUGUUAGGGUUCCAAUCCUAUCCUAGUAGAUUUGAUGCCUUCGAAAGGGUGGGGGCGGGGGAGAGCAGCCGGUCGCCAGCUAGCUGUUAGUUAAACCCUGUCAAUCGCAGGUCCCAUCUGUUCCUCUGUAGGAACCUCUGGGACUAAUCCCACCCGUGUCCCCGGAGCGCUGAGGCAAGCCGCCUGGCCGGUUGCCUCAGCAGUUGGCAUCGUGCCUCCUUCCCACCCGCCCGGCCACCCGCCAUUCUCAUGACCCACCUCCCUGCUCCAGUGCAGUGUGCCGAAUAUAGAAUUGUGUGUCCGUACACACUCCACCCAAGCCCUGAAGAAUAUUUGGCACCUCUUAAAGGGUCCACAUUUUCUUGCCUCUCUCUGCUAAUUACUGCCAGACAGAAGUUGAUUCAUUCUGUCUCUCUUGUGUUUUUCUUCUUAUGCUUUUAGUUAAAAUAAAUAUAAGUGUUUUGGGGCAGCUUCACCCACGAACUCGCUGUCUAACUGUUGCUUCCGUGCCAUAUGCUGCCAUCUUUAUUUUCUUUCUGUUUUUUUAAAAGAACAACAACCUCCUAGCAACUCAUUUGCUGUGUCUCUGAGCAUGCAUGGAAUGGCUUCCCCACCCCCCACCUCUCAGUGGAACGGAGUUGGCCUUUUGAAACCCUUUGAAAAGGGCUUCAGAGCAUUUACAGAACGCCUUUCUCCAGCUUAAAUAAAAGGAACGUGAAAAGUACUGAGUUUCCCUUGGAGCAAGCUUAAAAAAGGCUCUUGUGCAAGUUGGAAAUUAUCGAAGCAAAGGCACCACAAAAGAGCCAGUUGGCUGACCACUCUGUACACACAUUAUCAUGUUGACACAGUGCUGGCUUGGCCCAAGACAUUUUGCUGCCCGAGGCAAUUUAGCAAAUGGCUUCUCUUCUUUCUCCCCCUCUCCCUUCAUGCCCUGUCCAUCAAAUCGAGGUGCAAAGUAGUCAGGGAGUUAUUUUGUCAGGGAGUCCUGUAAGCACCUCUGGGAGUCAAAAUGCAAUAAUUAAAAAUGAUAUCUACCCUUUCAUGACACCCCAAACCAGCUGCCAGAGUUAAUAAUAAUAAUUUAUUAGUUAUACCCCACCCAUCUGGCUGGGUUUCCACAGCCACUCUGGGCGGCUUCCAAAAGAAUCUUAAAAUACAAUAGUCUAUUAAACAUUAAAAGCUUCCCUAAACAGGGCUGCCUUCAGAUGUCUUCUAAAAGCAUGGUAGUUGUUUUUCUCUUUGACAUCUGCUGGGAGGGUGUUCCACAGGGUGGGUGCCACUACCGAGAAGGCCCUCUGCCUGGUUCCCUGCAACCUCACUUCUCUUAGCAAGGGAACCGCCAGAAGGCCCUCGGCGCUGGACCUCAGUGUCUGGGCAGAACGAUGGGGGUGGAGACGCUCCUUCAGGUAUACUGGACCAAGGCCGUUUAGGGCUUCAAAGGUCAGCACCAACACUUAGCCACCUCCCUCUGCCUAAUGGUAGGGACGGCACCUAACACGUGCCUUUUACUUUUUGUGCGUAAAGAAGGAGGUUCAUGUUGGUAGAUGUAAUGCUGGGGAGCCCAGUCAAUGUUUUAUGUGUGCUCCAGUUCACCGGGUCUUCCAGUUCAGGGGUUGCGCAAAGCUUUAGAGGCCAGCUCCUGGGGUACUUGAGGAGAUAGAUUUUGGUGGGCUUUUCCUAUGCUUAGUAUUUGUUUGAGUUUGUUCUAAGUGUAGUGUUUUGGUCACCUCCUUUGUACAAAGGCUACAUCUUACAGCGGUGGGAUCCUGUGUAAACCUGGCAAAAUAGGCACGCAUGCAGUAAUAGUGUGCUGGGCCCAGGGGUAACCCGUGAAACGCGGUCCAGACUCUGAAGGUUCCACUAGGAGUCAGUCUGACAGGGCCAAGGCAGGACACGAGGCAGGAGACCAGGCAAGGACGGGUACAGGAUCUCUGGCAUACAGCAAUGUUGCUCCCGCAACCUGGGGCGGGGUCCGACAGCCUUUUAUCUUUGUCGGGGUAGCGGCCGGUCCUGAUCCCCCGGCGACUCACCUCCCUGCUUCGCCCGAAGGCGAGCACUCCUCCUGCGAGUACUCAGGUCUUUCCUUCUCUCAGACCUGAGUCUCUGCUGCUGGGGAGACGUUGGUGGGUUACUAGACCCAGAGGCCACCUCAGCCUCCCCUGACCCAACCGGUAGUGGAGCAGCUGUAAGCGAUGGCCCAGCUGAAGGCAACGAGGUAAUCCCCACAUCUGGAGCCAGGGCAGGCUCAGGCCCCUGACUUGCCCCAGCUGGUGUUUGUUGCAGGGGCACCUGUGCAGACUGGGACUCUUCAGGAUCAGGCCCCAGACUUGGUUCAGAUGAUGCCUGAGGCAAAGGACUGAGACUCCCCUGGUUCCGAGUCCUAGGCCAUCACACAUAGAAUCAUAGAAUUGUAGAGGGACCCCAAGGGUCAUCUAGUCUAACCCUCUGCAAUGCAGGAAUCUCAGCUAAAGCAUCUAGGACAGUCAUUGCAUAUCUGUGUAAGAUGCUGCUUUUUGCAUUAAGCAGCCCUCAGUCUGGGGUGCUGAUGGUUAACCCUUUGUUUCUGAAGUUGUUAUUAUUAUUAUUAUUAUUAUUAUUAUUAUUAUUUCACAUUUAUUUGUCACACUCAAUAAAAUAUCUCAAAGUGACUUAAAAUGAUAAAAAAACAGGCAUAGCUUAAAACAUCAAAGAGAAUAAAGCAACGUUAUUUAAAGGCUCGCUCUGCAGUUUUUAUAAAAAGUACACAUCCUUCUAUUAAUUCCCUUUGUUCUCUCUUUUUUAAAAGCUACCAGUAAUGUGUGAACUAUGGCAUGGAGAGUGAAAAAUGUAAAUAGACUGUCGAGCUAAGAACGAGAAUGCGGAAGUAUCCUGAGGUUAUAAGAGUGUGUAAAAUAGGAAGAAGUCCAAAGCAAAGACUCAUAAUUUGAUGAAAGGGAAAUCUUUGCUGUGGUCAAAACCCAAUAGUACAUCCCAUUGCUGACUUCAAUUAAUUAAAUUGAAAUCUUGGUCUGUGUGUGAGAGAGAGGCCUGUGAAUCAUCUGUGAAAUAGAUGCCUGGCCCAGAAGUGUCUGUGGAAUGAAAAUGAAACAAAAGGUCAUGCAGAUUUUCUGGGGCUGCUCUGGCCCUCGGAGUCCCCCACUCCCCUUAUAUAACCAGGGCUUGAAUUAAACUCUGCUAUAAACCCGCCUGCCAGAUCACAGUUUGGGCUUUCUGGCAAUUCUUGUCCUGAGAAUAUCUGCCUGUCUGGAAUUGUAUGCAGAAUUGUGUUCUUAUAUAGCGAGGAGGACCCCUAUCAGUCAGAAAAUAUUUCCACGCCAUCUUGGAAAAGGAAAAGGAGAAGCAGAGGAAAUCAGUACGCUUCUCUGUCCUUUUUACCUUUUUCAAGAAGCUGUUUGGCACCUGCUCUAGCUAGGGGAAAACUUUUCCAGCCCAAGGGUGGGUCAGUCUCCGCGGGUCGCCUGCCAGCGGUGGGGAGGAUGAAAGGCAAAAAGCAGGCUAAGCCAUGGAUGCGAAUUUUAUGUCGUGCAGUCGGCUACAUUCCAGAUGUUCAGAAGCCUGUGGUUCUACACACAUCUGCACUCUCCCCUUUACAUCCUUCAUCCGGUACUGAGUUGAAUAGGAUUCAGAAUGCAGCAGUCUGAUUGGUCCACAGGAGCCACCCAAUCCAGCUCCAGGUGGAAGUGAAUCCACAAUCUGAUUGGCCUACAGGUGAUUGGCCAAUCACGUGGGGCCCAUUGUGUAAAUAAUGUAUAUAAAGCAGACAUUCUGGGGGAACCUCCUUUCCUCCUCACCACUAUGAGUUGAAUAAAGAGCAUGAAAUCCACUCUCGACUCCAAGUAUAUUUCAAAGAUGUAUUCUAACCAGCCCCCCCACCCAAUUUUACUGGAAGAGGAUAUGGAGUGGGGCUUGUAGGGAGAUGGUGGUCCUAAGGGGCAGAGAGAAGAGACCAUAUGGCCGCAUUUGGGUUCUGUGGUUCCCCCACCCCAUCUCUACUUGCUGACUUUGCCUGCUUGGGCAACCUCAAUUGCCUGACGUUGGACUGCCUGCGGGGUUGAGCUAGAUGACCCUCUGGGUCCCUUCCAAUGCUAGGAUGCAAACUGAUUGCAUGUGGCUUCCUCAAAGAGAGCUGCAACAGCCAGGUGUGUUUGUGUGUGUGUGAUUUUUAUUAAAUUUUCUGUUUUACAAUUUAGAAUAUUCAUUUAAACAACCUUAAAAUGUCAGUGACUUCCUUUCUUCUCUUUCCAUGGUUCAUUCAUAGAUCCCUGCAUAUUUUACAUAAACGAAACCAUUCAGUGUUCCAUUAUUACAUCCAUCAAAACUUAUUUACGCUGUUGAAUUUAUCUUAAUGCUGCCAACGUUUUCAAGUGUACACAGUUUCCCCCCAUAUAUUCAAUAAACAUUUUCCAGUCUUCUUUGAACGUAUGUUCUUCUUGUUCUCUUAUUCUAUACAUUAGGUCCGCAAGAUGCGUAUAUUCCAUCAGUUUAACUUGCUAUUCUUCUUUAGUUGGGACCUCGCUCGUUUUCCAUUUUGGGGCUAACGAAACACGGGCUGCAGUAGUGGCAUACAUAAAUAACCCUUUUUUGACACCUAGGAAUUUCCAUCUGAAUUAUCCCCAACAAAAAGGACUCUGUGUUUUUUUUGGGGGGGGAAAGUGCUUUUAAACCCCCCCCAAUUCAUUAUCGAUUAUUUCCCAACAGUCGUUUACCCUUUUACAGGUCCGCCACAUGCAACAACCAGAGUUGAUGGGGUUUCGUGGCAACAGGAUUUUGUUUCGCUUUGUUUCCCUCACCUUUUCUUGUUCGUUUUCAGCGUGACUCUAUAUGAAGCGCCUUCCGAGCUGAGGCCGUUUUAGUUUUGCUUUAAUUCACUUGUGCGCAAGUGGCCGACUCCCGUUGUUGGGCAGGCGUGGAAUAAAGCCAUUUGGGGAGCCACCGAACAGGGAGAUCUUGAGGCAGGCCACUGUGGGGAGUGGUUUAUGGAGGGUUGCAUAUAGCGUCCAUUUUGUGGCCCCUGGGGCCUGUCUGUCAGUGAUACGGCAACGUUUGAUGGGAGCCAAUAAAAAUAAUAAUAAUAAUAAUAAUAAUAAUAAUAAUAAUAAAAUAAUUUAUUACUUAUACCCCACCCAUCUGGCCGCGUUUCCCCAGCCAUGCUGGGCUGCUCCCAACAGAAUUAAAAGCACAAUAAAACAUCAAAUAUUAAAAACUUCCCUAAACAGGGUUGCCUUCAGAUGUCUCCUAAAAGUCAGAUACAGUGGUACCUCGAGUUACAGAUGCUUCAGGUUACAGACGCUUCAGGUUACAGACGCCGCUAACCCAGAAGUAGUACCUCAGGUUAAGAACUUUGCUUCAGGAUGAGAACAGAAAUUGCAUGGUGGCAGUGGGAGGCCCCAUUAGCUAAAGUGGUACCUCAGGUUAAGAACAGUUUCAGGUUAAGAACGGACCUCCAGAACGAAUUAAGUUCUUAACCCGAGGUACCACUGUAGUUGUUUCUUUCUUUGACAUCUGGUGGGAGGGCGUUCCACAGGGCAGGUGCCACUACUGAGAAGGCCCUCUGCCUAGUUCCCUGUAACUUGGCUUCUUGCAGUGAAGGAACCGCCAGAAGGCCCUCGGAGGAGGACCUCAGUGUCUGGGCUGAACGAUGGGGGUGGAGAUGCGCCUUCAGGUAUACUGUGUUGAGAGUUGCAUGAAGAGGUGUUAAGGAAAGGGGAUGCGCUAGAAAAUGUCUGAUCUCUUCCUCUAUCCCUGCUGCUUUCCCAGAUCAGCAGCGUCAAGAAGGUCUUGGAGGAGCUCAAACUGCGAGUGGUGGAGGUUACAGAUGAAGGUGCCACCUUGGAUGGGAGCGAUGUCCUGUUCACAGGUAAAGGACUCCUCUGCCACUGAGGACGGUGGCCCUUAUCUCAGGAGCGGGGAGGUCCAGAAGAUGGAGGGAACUUUGCAUUUGGAUUAACCUGGUAAAAUGGGAAUUUGUAAGUACACCACAGGGUUUUCGUUUCUUUGUUCUGCGGUAAGGGUGACUAAGCCUUCAGAACCACUUUUCAAGUGCCAUGUAAAUGAUGAUGGUAGCACUGAGGGCAGUGGAGAACUUGAUGAGAUUCUGUUGAGGGUUUCCCCCCACCCCUGAUGACUGGUUAGUUUCUCUUCUAAUAAAACACACACACACACACACACGCACACACACACACACACACACACACACCACUCAAAGCUGCCUGGAAGUCAUAGACACCGGCCUGAAAACCCUUUGCCCUCCAAUCCCAGAUGUCUGCAGGUGGGCAUUCACGGAGGGAGGGAGCUGCACUUAAUGCAUGCUCAGAGGCACUCUCGCCAGUACGGAUCUGUAUGUUCCAGGACUGCAUUUUGCUAUUUGUAAAUGCAUUUUAGGGCAGAAGCCUAGUGCAAAUGAAACCGUCUCUCCUCUCCACAUACAUUCCUUUUUUUUUUUAGAUGAUCUUUAUUGAAUUUUUAGUUACAUACUAUACAUACACAUAUGUUAUGUUUCACAUUUGUUCUUGCUCUCCCGAGCUGACUUCCCUCCUUCCGGCUUUUUUAUGCCGUCUUUAACUUUUCGCAUUGUCUUUGUCCAUUUUAUAUAUAAUUGUUCUUCAAUUUUUUUCCAUAAAAUGUCUGUAAACAAAUAAAUCUUUCUAUAUAUACAAUUCUUGUUGUCUGUCUAUAUUCAUUUACAAAUAUUGUUCAACAAUAGUCCUAAUAUACAUUUUUAAUUCAUUUUGAUAUUAUUAUCCAAUAAAUUUCUUGUGUUUUUCCGUUAUGAGGUUUAUUUUAGUUCUACUGGUUUCCCUAUUUCACAUUGUCUUCUCUAUAUAUAACAUAAAUUUUCCCAAUUCUUUUUUAUACGUUUCGUCACCCUGGUGUCGAAUUUUUGCUGUUAGUUUGGCUUUUUCUGCAUAUUCCAUAACCUUGUACUGCCACUCUUCUAUUGUAGGCAAUUUUUGCUGUUUCCACACCUGAGCCAGCAAUAACCUCGCCCUCUUGUUGCCCUCUCCACAUACCUUCCACGAUUGUAGCUUUAAGGCUGCAGUCGUAGUCAGAUCUGAGUUGGAAAGAGAUAAACCAGCGUUGUUAUUCAGGUCUGGGGAGAGCUAAUGCUCAGGAAUAUGGCUUGCCCUUUGACUUAUUGCCAGUUCUAGUAUUCUCCAUCUUCUUAAUGCCUUUUACAGGUAGAGAGUUCUUCGUGGGCAUUUCCAAGUGGACUAAUCACAGAGGAGCAGAGAUGGUUGCGGAUGCUUUCAGGGUGAGCUGGAAUCUUGGAACUAAACCUUCCCUACCUCCUUGCCCAAAACCUGCACAGUUGUGGUUCCUAGCUAUUCAGUUGUUGCUAUCCUGCUUCUGCUUCCCACCCCUGUUCUAAGGUGUACGGCAGCCUUGCAUUUAAGCAGUAGCCUGGUACCCGUAGGUGAGAAGGAUAUUGCCUGCAGGCGAGUGCAAGCAGUUCUGUGCAACUGCUUGAGCAGACUGCUGCAGGAGGGCUGGAACUCUCUGUCCCUCCUCUGCCAGCCCCUAGCAGACUAGUAAACAUUUUUGCGGCCUUAUUCACAAGGCUGGCACAUGUUUAGUUCAUCUGUUGGACACCCCCAGCGCUCCGCAUGAAUAGAUGGAGUGCCCUGGAAAUAUAACCCGUACAGUGGUACUUUGGAUUACAGACACUUCAGGUCAUGCAUUUCCGGGUUGUGCACCACGCCAAACCCAGAAGUACCAGGACGGGUCACUUCCGGGUUUCGGUGCUCGCGCAUGCGCAUAAUAAUAAUAAUAAUAAUAAUAAUAGUAAAGGUAAAGGGACCCCUGAACAUUAGGUCCAGUCGUGACCGACUCUGGGGUUGCGGCGCUCAUCUCGCUUUAUUGGCCGAGGGAGCCGGUGUACAGCUUCCGGGUCAUCUGGCCAGCAUGACUAAGCCGCUUCUGGCGAACCAGAGCAGCGCAUGGAAACGCCAUUUACCUUCCCGCCGGAGCAGUACCUAUUUAGCUACUUGCACUUUGAAGUGCUUUCAAACUGCUAGGUUGGCAGGAGCAGGGACUGAGCAACAGGAGCUCACCCCGUCAAGGGGAUUCAAACCGCUGACCUUCUGAUCGGCAAGUCCUAGGCUCUGUGGUUUAACCCACAGCGCCACCUGCGUCCAAUAAUAAUAAUAAUAAUAAUAAUAAUAAUAAUAAUUUAUUUAUAUCCUACCCUCCCCAGCUGAAGCCGGGCUCAGAGCGGCUAACAACGGUAAAAAAACACAGUUUACAUAAAAUCACAAUCAAGCACCAAAUCGCGACCUGCGCGUGCGCAGACACGGCACUGCGGGUUACGAAUGUGCUACCCACCUGGAUCACGUUCGCAACCCGAGGUUCCACUGUAGUCUCCUGUGGUGGCACAUUAAAGGGAAGAUUGAUAAUCUGUCUUUCAAGGCCGCUGCUGAGCCAACUUCUACUGAGAACCCCCACGUUGAAAACAAUUCAAGAAAUGAACAGAGACUUCUUUCCUCCCAACUGCUUAACCUUUCCACUGCUUCCUCAGCUGUUUUUCCUUGCUCCACGUCCCAAUGUGACCCGCAUAUCAUAGCCACACCCAGAGAAUGUGUGACACCCUUGGAUCUCUGAUGAACAGUUCCUAACCGUAUCCUUGUCCUCAUCUUGGGACUCUUCCUUAACCCACUGAAAAAGCAACUAUUGGAUGGGGGGGAGCUGCAUUUCUUUCUAAUUUGUAUUUGUGCAUUUGUAUGAAACAUGCUCCCCCAUGUUGUGAAAGGGAGACUAUCAAAAUAUAAAUAUUUUUCAGCAGCUCACAGCCAUAUAAUUAGUCUCACCAUGUGUGAUCCUCAGGUAUAAAAGGAAAGCCCCAAAUGAGGAGUUGUUCUUGUUGUAUUUGUUGUUUGUUCUUAUAUUUGUUGUUUGUUGAUAUAUUUUAUGGUUAUAUUUGUACAGAGUGGGUUGCCCCAGCCACUCUGGGUGGCAUCCAUCAGAUAUAUGGUGGAACGCCCUCCCACCAGAUGUCAAAGAGAAAAACAACAACCAGACUAUUAGAAGACAUCUGAAGGCAGCCCUGUUUAGGGAAGCUUUUAAUGUUUAAUAGGUUAUUGUAUUUUAAUAUUCUGUUGGAAGGCACCCAGAGUGGCUGGGGAAACCCAGCCAGAUGGGCGGGCUAUAAAUAAUGAAUUAUUAUUAUUAUUAUUAUUAUUAUUAUUAUUAUUUACUAUAACAUAAUAAAGCAUCAAACAUUACCAACUUCCCCAUACAGGGCUGCCUUCAGAUGUCUCCUUAAAGUUGUAUAGUAGUUCUAUAUAGUUGUAUCUCCUUGACAUCUGAUGGGAGGGCGUUCCACAGGGCGGGCGCCACUACCGAGAAGGCCCUGUGCCUGGUUCCCUGUAACUUUGCUUCUCGCAGGGAGGGAACCGCCAGAAGCUCCUCUGUGCUGGACCUCCACGUCUGGGCAGAACAACAGGGGUAGAGACACUCCUUCAGGUGUACAAGACUGAGGUCAUUUAAGGCUUUACUUGCAGGGGAAAGAUCACCUCAUCAGCAGUUCCCUUGUUAGAAACUUGUGUGGAGCCUCCCGUUGGUUUCUCACCCCUGCCCUUUUCAGUCCUGUAUGGGGAAAGAAUGGGUGGAGCUCUUGGUUGCAACUGUAUGGCAUGGACGUCCGGAAGUCUUACGGAAUGUCUCUUUGCAGGAUUUUGCGGUUUCGACUGUUCCUGUCUCGGGUACGUUGCACCUCCGUAGCUUCUGCAGCAUGGCUGGCUCUGAAACAGUUGUCAUUGGCAGCAGCGACGUGGCCAAGAAAGCCAUGAAGGUAACGUCCACAACCUCCCAGGGGGCCUCUCCUGAGAAAGAGCCGCAAGGCAGGAGUGGAGAGCUCUGUUACGCUCACUUCCUGCUUCCCUUUGGGACAUCUGAUUGGCCACUGUGAGAAUAGGAUGCUGGAUUAGGUGGGCUACUUGGGUCCACCUCCUCUCCACUCCCAAGAGCCAGUGUGGUGCAGUGGUUAAGAGCGGUGGACUCGUAAUCUGGUGAACUGGGUUCGAUUCCCCACUCCUCCACAUGCAGCUGCUGGGUGACCUUGGGCCAGUCACACUUCUCUGAAGUCUCUCAGCCCCACUCACCUCACAGAGUGUUUGUUGUGGGGGAGGAAGGGAAAGGAGAAUGUUAGCCGCUUGGAGACUCCUCAGGGUAGUGAUAAAGUGGGAUAUCAAAUCCAAACUCUUCUUCUUCAAGAAAGCCUUUAUCCCUUAUGAAUGCCUUAUGAGACUUGCUCCUUCACACACCCCAAAUACCAGAAGCCGCACCCCACAGAAAGUUGAAGCAGGGCCUUCUGCGUAGCUGCCCCUGUUCUGUGGAGAUGUGACUGGUGCCUGCUAUCUGUCCUCUUCUUGAAACCACAUUAUUGGGGUGACCAGCUCUUCUGGUUAGCAGAAGAGAUCUCUGCUUCCCCCUCCACCCGAUGACCUUUAUUAGUUUUUACUAUACAUAAACAUAUUACAUUACAUUUUACAUUUGUACUUGCUCCUGAGAGCUGACUUCCCUCUUUCCUUCUUCUGGCUUUUUUAUAUCUAAAAAUUUUCACAUUGUCUUUGUCUAUUUUACAUAUUGUUGUUCUUCUUCCAUCUUUAUCCACAAAGUUUGUAUACAAAUAAAUCUUUCUAUGUAUACAAAUCUUGUUGUUCAUAUUCAUUUACAAAUACUGUUGAUUAUCUUAAUUAUAUUUUACAUUUUAGUUCACAUGUCAUUAAUGUCUAAGACAGUUUCUUUUUAUUUUCCCAUUAUGAGUUUUAAUUCCAUUCUACUGGUUUCACUAUUCCAUCCUGUCUCUAUACGACAUAAAUUUAUCCCAUUCUUUUUGAAAUGUUUCAUUGCCCUGUUGUCAAAUUUUCCCUGUUAGUUUGGCCAUUUCUGCAUACUCCAUAACCUUAUAGUGCCACCCUUCUACUGUCGGCAAUUGUUGCUGUUUCCACACCUGAGCCAGCAGAAACCUCGCCGCUGUUGUUGCGUAUAAAAACAAUUUCUGGUCCUUCUUAUCAAUAUCCUCUCCCACCAUUCCCAACAAGAAUGCCUCUGGUUUUUUCAGAAACGUCUCUGCUUUCAGAAGAGGUCUCUGCUCUGGGUGUUUGUGGUGUUUUUAGAACUUAUCUUUCUUGGUUUUGAUGUUGGUCAGUUGCCGUGGGGCUCAUGUGAAGGCCUACUCCCCAAUCCCUCUGUUAAUGAACUUCUCCCUUCUCUUCCCACCGCCCUCUUUUGUUGAAGACCAUGGAACAAUUGACCGAUCACCACUAUGAAACACUGACGGUGCCGGAUGACCCGGCUGCAAAUUGCAUCUAUGCACGGCUUGGUCAGAAGAGCAGUGUGCUUCUCCAUCGCAGUGCUGAGGAAUAUCCUAACAGCGUACAGGUAAGGGGGAAGAGUGCUUUACCUGGUGGGUGGGGUGCGGGGGAAAGGGUUGAGUUUAUAUCCCUGGACCAGGUGUGGAGGCUGCAAGGAGGAGGAGGAGGAAGAAGAAGAGGAGGAGGAUUGCAUCUAGGAAUAAUAAUAAUAAUAAUAAUAAUAAUAAUAAUAAUAUAAUGUGCCACUUACUUGCCAAAAUGGCAUCUUAGUAGCUUGCAAGGUUAAAAUCCAUACCUAAUUAAAAAUACUCAACAAAGCAAUUCCAUCUCAAAGUAUUAAAAGCGUAAACCCUAGCCAGUUAAAAAAUGCAUAACAAUUAAAGCAAUACACUUGUACCUCGGAAGUUGAACGGAAUCCAUUCCAGGAGUGUGGUGGAGUCUCCUUCUUUGGAGGUCUUUAAGCAGAGGCUUGACAACCAUAUGUCAGGAGUGCUCUGAUGGUGUUUCCUGCUUGGCAGGGGGUUGGACUCGAUGGCCCUUGUGGUCUCUUCCAACUCUAUGAUUCUAUGAUUCUAUGAUUCUAUGAUUCCAGGAGUCCGUUCAACUUCCGAAACAUUUGGAAACCAAGGCGCGGCUUCUGAUUGGUUUCCGGUUGCACAGGCGCACCGGAAACAAUAGCAGAAGCCGCGCCAGACGUUUGGCUUCCAAAAAACAACAACCCAAAAAACCGCGAUUCAAAAACCAGAACACUCAUUUCUGGUUUUCGAUCGUUUGGGAGCUGGAACGUUCAACUCCCAAGGCAUUCGGGAGCCGAGGUACGACUGUACGUACCGUAUUUUUUGCUUCAUAAGACGCACCUGACCCUAAGACGCACCUAGUUUUUAUAGGAGGAAAACAAGAAAAAAAAAUAUUCUGAAUGAAACAGUGGAUGUAUGAUUUUUGUGGUUCAUGCUGUGGCCACAGACAUGAUAUGUGAUUUGACGGUGAGUUUGGGGUAGCCCAAUGAAAAAUCCUGAGGAUCCAUGUGGAUCCAUGCUUUGUAACCACGUUUUUGCGCCAUUGCGGCCCCACAAAACAGUGGAUGCAAUUUUUUUGGUGCAGGCUGUAGCCAUGGACAUGCUGUGAUCUGAUGGUGAAUUUGGGGUGACCCAAUGCAAAAAUCCCGAGGAUCCAUGUGCUUUUACCUCUUUUAACGCCUCCUUUAUCGCCUCCUUUAUCACUAGUGUCCCUUAUCUUCCUCCCGACCGCUUGCCGAUCAGCUGCUCAGCGGCUUCAUUUCAACACCCCCUUUCCUCUUUUUUAAAAAAGAAAAAAGCACAAUCUGCUUUUCGCCCCUGGGCAAUUUGGCUCCAGGGACCACACAUUCGCUCCAUAAGACGCACAGACUUUCCCCCUUACUUUUUAGGAGGAAAAAAGUGCAUCUUAUGGAGCGAAAAAUACAGUAUUUAUGUCAAUUCAUUUUGGGGCAGAAUUUGAGACGCCGUAAUGACCAGCUCAGAGGCUGCCACAAAAGAAUGGUGGCUCAUGCGUUGACCUUUGAGCAUGGCCUUUUGCAAGCUUUGCAGCCAUUCUGUGUGCUCUGUCUCCCCGCGCAAAACCGCCUGCCUUUUCAUGAGCUUCAGGUGUGUCUUGGUCACUGCAGGGACGGAGAUAGCUUUGGGAAGAGGUCUAACCGGUUUCUCUCUGCCUCCUCUCACAGCCCUUCCAGAAGCUUCCGGACUACACCCUUAUCCCUGCGGCUUGCACUGAGGUGGCCAAACUUGGUGGGACUCUCAGUUCCUGCUCUCUUCUCAUCAACAAGAAGCUGGAGAUCUAGUGCCUAUCGAACCCCACAAUAAAAUGCAGGUUCUUGCAUUCCCUCGAGAGGAACCCCAUCUCUUGGUUCCUUUGUGCAGGCACCCCGCUUUCUCUCCCCUUAGCUUCCUUGUGAGGCAAGGACACCUCCAAACACGCUAAUUUGACCGGCCUUAAAUCUCACAGUUUCUCUCUUUUAUUUACAUUGGAUCUUCGCUUCCACGGAGCCACACGAGUCUCUUUUUAUCUCCUGUCUUCUACAGUGUACACUUUACGAAUACAUUUUUUUUUACCCCAGAGUAGAUAGGUGCUCAACUUUGCUCCUAGUGCUGAAGAAAAAGCCAUCAGCGGGAAACUUGACGUUCUAGCUCUUCAAUCAACGAUCGCUCUUUUUUUUUAGUGAGGUUCCCUCAAGUUUCUUAGCCCGUUAUGGACCGUUAAAAAGAGCAGCACUGCUCUCCCUUCAUCGCUGAGGGGGACGUGUUAUGAAACCGGGUGCUGAGAGACAUUGGUGGGCAGCCAUCUUGGAAGGUGCUUAAGGGAUGUGUCCAUUGUGAGGACUAGACCCAAGAUGGUGGCCAUUUCUCUUUCAUAGCCGCCAUGUUGGAAGAACUGUUGAGCAGGAGACAUGGGCAGGUGGGACAUAAGUGGCUUUCAACGUGUUUGAGGUGAUCCAAGUGCUACAGAACCAGGCAACUCCAUUACGAUGGAUGGUUGGUGGACUAGGGGGUCUCCUGUUCAGUUUUGAAUCUCAACACCUGAUGAUUCGUGUCAGAUGUAGGAAGGUGUCCCUAGAGCCACUCCACUUGCCCUGCCAUGAGACUCAAUAACUAGAAUGAGAAUGUUGUUGGACUACAUCUCCCAUCAUGCUUGACCAUUGGCCAUGCUGGCAGGGGCUGAUGGGAGUUGGAGUCCAACAAGUUCCACAGGUUCAACCAUCCCUGAUCUGGAAUGACCUCUGGAAUGACUUUCCUUCUGUGACUGCUUGGCCUGCCACAUCCAUCUCUUAUGGUGCUGCAGUUUGGGGACUGGGAGUUCAGAAUCAGACCCCCCACGCUCCCCAAACUCAAAAACAAUGGCUUCCCCCACUGCCACCCUCAACAGAUAACCUCUCUGCAUAUCCGCAAGGCCGGCGCAGCCACAGAGGAGCAGCUAGAUUAAGACAACGGGUUGGCGAGGAGCUCUGUUUCCUUCCGAGCGGCGCUGUUGUAUGUGUUUUGUGUAACGUAGUUAGGGGGCAGGAGUGGGGUGGGGGUCAUAGGAAUCUGUAGAGGGAGCGCCCUCUGUUGUGGGGAGUUAGGCGUAUUGACGGAUGUAGGGCUUUAGAUUCACUCCCUGCCUCUUUAACCCCUUGUGGAAUCAAUUUAAACAAUUAAUAAUAAAAAGAGAUUGAACC